AUAAAGCAAACGAUGUCUAUGUCGCUAGGCUAGAUGAGUUAAGAGUUAAGACAAGAAGUAGCGCAAUAAAGUAAUAAAGCAAACACAGCAUGCUAGCAGCCAAAAACGAUUUCAGCAAAAGCUGUAAAACCAAAUAGCCGUUGUUUUACAGGGACAAAGUGAACAAAAUUCCAUCACCGGACAACAACUCGCAGUAGAAGAAAAUCAGAUCAAGAACACCGGCCACCAUUAAUGGCGGUCUCCAUACCUGUUCUAGCUCUACUCAUCUCCUUUCACCUAUUAGCCUUCAUUCUCGCCAUCGGUGCGGAAAGGCGCCGUAGCACGGCGAAAGUGGUGCCAGAUGAGUAUGACGAGAGGACGUACUGCGUGUACGGAACGGACGCAUCGACGGUGUACGGAUUGGGGGCGUUUGGGCUGCUUCUCAUCAGCCAAGCCGUGGUGAACGGUGUUACCAAGUGUUUGUGUUUAGGGAGAGGGACACUGGCUGGGAAAUCUACCACUCGUGCUCUUUUCUUCUUCUUCUCUUGGAUUUGCUUUUUGGCGGCAGAGGCUUGUUUAUUGGGUGGAUCAGCAAGGAAUGCAUACCACACUAAAUACAGAGGAAUCUUCGAGGGUGAUGACUUGUCAUGUGCUACGCUGCGCAAAGGCGUGUUUGCCGCUGGAGCAGCAUUGACAAUUCUCUCAAUGAUUUGCUCCUCUGUGUACUAUUGGUCGCAUUCCAAGGCUGCCAUAGGUGGUUGGCAAAAGCACCACAAUGAAGUGAACAUGUCCAGUUUGCCCGAAUCUACGGGAAAGAAUGGUCAAUCGGUGUGAAACAAUUCUUCAUCGUUCUGGUUUGGAUAUGUAAUGAGUAUUUUUCAGAUCAUGCGAAACACUUUUAUAAACAUUUGGAGGUGGUCUUGCAACAUAUGUCUAUAUUAUUAGAGCAAUUCUAAUAUACUCUUAAGGUACCGUACCUUGUGUACAUGGACCAAUAGCAGUGAAGUAAUUUAAAUAUGAAUAAAUGAUGAAAUAGUACAUGUGCCAUUGUAGAUAUGCUAACCUCGAUUGUUAAUAGUACAUUGACCAUAAUAUUAUUGUUGUGAAUGAAAUGUAUGACAUCCGAAA